UCUGUAAAUCCACGAUGAGCCGGCUCUGCUGCAGACAACAAGUGUGCGGAGACAGAGAGAGGGAGGAUAAAACCAGGUUACUCUGUAACAGAGGGAGAGAGUGACGGGACGGGAGAGAGCAGAAAAGGAGGUUACCACGGCAACUCCUGGGACGUCGCUGCAGCGGCGGCGAGGACACCAGGACACGCAGAUUGAAGAGAUGAUGAGCAAAUGGAGGACAGAUCUGGGAGUCCAGUUGGACCUCUGACACCCAUCAAACAGAUUGGCACUUUCCUGGGUACCAGGAGGCUGACAGACCCUUUGCACAAAUAGCAAAGGUCCAAAGACAAAGAAAGAUCAGGGUGUUCGGGUGCCAGCAUGUCCCAGGCAGGCAAAGUCCUCCACCUGUACGUUGAGGUGAGGUCGGUCACCGAGGAGGAAGGAAAGGUGCAGGGACGAGGAGAUGAUGGGACCGCUCACCUGAUGCUUCAGUGCCCAGACGUCCUCCCUCACUCCCAGAGAAGCUCCAGCCCCAACCGCAGUCAGAAUCAUUCUCCAGUUCCUCAACACCAAAGUGGGGUCGGAAGCCACAGCUUACCCCCAUCAAAGUCUUCCUCCAGGCACUCAGUCAGCUUCCAACUCCAAAACCCUGAUGCCACAGGAUCCCCCACCCAGUUCCAGCGGCAGGAUGUAUUUCAUGACAGUUUCGGUCAAUUCCUCCAGGUGCUUGCACCUGGAUCGACUGGUCCAGGCCAGCAUGGCUCAUUGGGACGGACCUGCUCCUCUGACAUGGAUCCCUUCCAGGGAAGAGUGCUUAUCUCCCCAUCUUCUACAUCUUCUGGGACGCUGACUGUUCCCUCCACACCUACCAGCAACCGUAGGUCCUAUGAAGGCCCAAGGGUGGAGGGUGAGGAGGGGAAGACAUCUGUAGUGACUUUUGGCUACAUAGAGAAAUCUAAUGUUCACAGCAUGGGGGGUCGGCGUAGCUCUAUGUGCCAAAGUGAGUUGGACAAUACUUUUAACAGACUGGAGAGGCAGCAGCUGCCUGGUCACCUCCGAAAGAGGUUGAGUGACCCAGUGUGGUACAAUGGGCAGCCAGAGCAGGGCGACCCUUACUCCAGUCACUCAUACCCAUCUCAGACUCAGUCCCCACAGGGCUCGCCUUACCUGCAGAGGGCUGUGGCAGAUGCAGUUGCCAGAGAUGCCACCUACAGGGCCUUGGAGGAGUUUGGAUCCCCAGAGCUUAGGCGCAGAUUUGCUGGUCACAGCCCAGAGAAUUGCAGCCCAACCCUACCACGGCACUACCAGUCCCCUCGCUGCCGGUCCUGGGGGGGUUCACCUGUCCUGCCCCGCAAUACCCACACCCUGCCAUCCAAGGCUCAGCUUCUGGAGAUGGACAGGGGAAUCUGCCGUAGUUCAGUGAAUGGAUUACCCAGAAGUCCUGCCUCUGACCACCUGUGUGCCCACAUUGGGUACUCCUCCCAGUCACCAGCGCCAAUCCUUCGCUCUCAUGGCCCACCCCAGAGCCAACAAAGGCCAUGGAUGGGGGACGAGAGCCCCAAGUUGUCCAGCAAAUUUCACCCACCUUUACCAGCAGGGAGACCCACAGACAUCCAGCAUGAGAUUCCAACUAGCAUGUCCCCUACCAGCAACCAUUCCAAUUCCGGCUACCAAGCUAGUGGGAACCCCCAACACAGUGUUAAUAGUAGCUACAGUGCUAACAUUACCAACACCAGUCAUAAUGCUACAGACAGUAUACACUUCAGUACUAAUGAGAACUUAUCCAGCAAGCCUCACUACAAAUCGUCACGCUGCAGUAGCAGAGCCAGUGACACAGCCAGCCCCACCAAUGGCAGGAGGAGCAUCUCCCCAUCCCCAAAUGCUGAAGUGGCUUCUAGGUUAGCUGCAGAGGCUACCAAACUGUCCACCAUUUUUGCCGAAAGGCGGACUCCCUCUCCAACACCUUCUCAAGCUGAGUCACUGCGGUCAGAGAGUCCCAGGAUGGGAGGGUCGUUCCUGAGAGAAUCCCAACCUUACGCCACUCUUCAUGGGCGAAGCUCCCCUGAGCCCGUGCAGGCCGACAGCCAGAACCACAGAUGGAAACCAGACAAAGCAAUACCUCAGACCAGACCAGGACGUAUCUCACCUCUCUUACCCCACAAAGGCCUGUCUUCACCAGCAUCUCCAGCCCUGCCAGCCAGGUUGCACCGUGCAGCCGCCUCUCAAUCCCCAGUCUUGGACCCACGGCAUCAACGGGGUUCAUCACCCACUAAGGACGUGUCAGCCCUGCACCGCUACCAGCAGCCACAGUACAUUGGAGACCACAGAUCGCCUGGCAUGGAGCGGAAGCAACAUGAUCACCUCUUUGACAGAUCACUUAGGGACAGCCCUGAACUCUCCAGGAGACUUCUGUCCAGCCAGAACACAGAAGCACUGCCUGUGAGCUGGACCUCCAGGCACCAGCAGUGGAGGGAAGCUGGACCAGUCCAGGAUGGGGACGAACUCUGUGAAGACUACAGACAGUCCACCUCUAGAGUUUACACUCCAAGCAAAGAGGAGUACCACAGGAAAGUCGGAGGAGACAAAAUGCUAAAGACAUCAGUACAGGAGUACCACACGCCGGUUAUAAGUGUGUCCAAAGAUGAGAGGGAGGAGGUUCAGGAUCACAGUGGGGCUGCUGGGACGUCCUCUCAAAGCUCCAGUGGAGUAACAGGCAGCAUGGGAGACAGUUCGCAGCUGGACAGAAACGACAGUCUGUCCCCCGAAACCUCGAGUCAGUCCAGCCACGAUACGACAGACACCGGCUCGGGGUUACAGUCUGACGGUGGCUUGACGACAACUCCAUCCUCGCGGUCGCAGAAGAUCGCCCGUGCCAAGUGGGAGUUCCUGUUCGGAGGUCAGACGGAGGAGAGUCGCUGCAGUAAAGGUAAAGACGUUCCGUCCACGACGCCUCCUACCAGCGGCUCUCCCAGCCCCACCCCUCCCUCCUCCCUCCAUCUGAAACCAGCCAACCAGAGGAGGGGGCGGGACAACGAGGGUCCAAAGUUGUCACAUCACGAGGUGCGGCAGAUUGAGGUGGAGCUGGUAACCCCUGACUCCCGUGGCUCCACCCCCAAGACGGGCAUCAUCCGCCGAACCAUCAAAUACUCUGAGACAGAUCUUGACGCCGUUCCACUGCGGUGCUACAGGGAGACCGACCUGGACGAGGUGAUGCGGGCGGAGGCCGAGGCAGCCGAGGAGGUGGACUCGGCCUUUGGGAGUAACCGCAGUGUCUUGGGAAACUCCAGCUUCAGCCCCGCCGAGGCUUCGCCAAAACCCCGGACAGGUGUGGGGAAGGUGGAGGAAGAUGGGGAGGAGGAGGAGGAUGAGGAAGAGGAGGAGGAGGAGGAAGAGGAGGGAGUGGUGAGCUGGGCCAGUGUGCGGAUGCUGGGAGACCGACAGAGACAAAGAGCUACCGAGGAGGAGGACGAGGUGUUCAGUCUGCUGCUGAAGGGGCCGCUGGGGACGUCCGACUCACAUGGCGGCCUCAAGUCUCCGAUCUCAAUCGGCAGCCCACGCCGACCCUCCGAGAGCAACCUGGACUCCUUCAGCCGCCACUUUGAAAGCAUCAUGGAGUCUCACCGAGCCAAAGGCACCUCGUACAGCAGCCUGGACAGCGUGGACCUUCUGACCUCUGGAUCCACGUCUGUGUUCACCUUCGAUCUGCCCACCCUCACGCCGGAGAUCCAGAGUCAGAUCUGCGAGAGCGCCAAGCAGAUCAUCGAGCUGAGCUUCGCCCCGCUGGCCCGUCCCGACCCGUCUGCUCCCUCGGAGACGUCCCGCUCUGAAAUCACCCUCAGUGCCUCGGGGACGGGGCUACGCGGCGGCUCCAAAGACGACCCGGGCCCUCCGGUUCGGUCCAAGUCGGAGAAAGAGUCGUGGCGUCGCUCCAUCCUCAAAGACGGCUUCCGCAAGGCGAACUCAGCCCCAUCGCUUCACAGCAGCCCCAGGGAGCGUCCGGUGAACCGCCCUCCCGAGCUGCUGUACCCACAGGCCGAUGUGGCGGAGCGUCUGGCACUCGGCGGCAGCGAUGAUGCGCUGGCCAACGGCACGAAGCCUGACCUGCAGGCGGCCAAGCGUCUGGCCAAACGCCUCUACAACCUGGACGGCUUCAGGAAGUCGGACGUGGCUCGACACCUCAGCAAGAAUAACGAGUUCAGUCAGAUGGUGGCGGAGGAAUAUCUCAGUAACUUCAGCUUCAGCGGUCUGACCAUCGAUCAGGCGCUCAGGACGUUUCUGAGCCGCUUCGCUCUGAUGGGAGAAACUCAGGAGAGAGAAAGAGUCCUCGCUCAGUUCUCCAGGAGAUACAGGCAGUGUAACCCAGAGAGCCUCACCACUGAAGGUACCUGUCUAACGGUGGAUUGUUCCCUCUGGCUUCUGUCCACCUCUUCUAUCAAUAAUCACAUAAAUGUGGGGAAGAGGAUGUCCUGCAGUCAAUUCAUCACCAACCUGGAGGGUCUCAACGACGGAAAAGACUUCCCCAAAGAUCUGCUGAAGACUCUCUACAGCUCCAUCAAGAAUGAGAAGCUUCAGUGGACCAUUGAUGAGGAGGAGUUGAGGAAGUCCAUGUCGGAGCUGGCUGACGUCCGAACAGACUCGGCCUCCCACACCAUGAAGCGCCUGGGAAGUGGAGGGAACCCACUGGUGGGCGUUGCCCAGCAGGCCGAUGGCGAGCUCUACAAGAGCGGCUUCCUGGUCCGCAAAGUCCAUGCCGACCCCGACGGAAAGAGAACUCCGCGGGGCAAGAGGGGCUGGAAGUCUUUCUACGCCAUGCUGAAGGGUCUGGUGCUCUACCUGCAGAAGGAUGAGUACCGUGCGGAGCGAGAGCUGACGGAGGAGGACGUAAAGAACGCCGUGUCCAUCCAUCACUCUCUGGCCAUGAGAGCAGCUGAUUACAGCAAGAGACCGAACGUCUUCUACCUGAGGACGGCCGACUGGAGAGUCUUCCUGCUGCAGGCUCCAAACGCAGAACAGAUGCAGUCCUGGAUCACGCGCAUCAACGUCGUGGCGGCCAUGUUUUCGGCUCCUCCAUUCCCGGCGGCGAUUGGCUCCCAGAAGAAAUUCAGCCGUCCUCUGUUGCCGGGAUCCAACACCAAACUGACCCAGGAGGAGCAGGUUAAAUCCCACGAGAACCGGUUCAGGGCGGUUUCCUCAGAGCUGGCAGAGCUCACGGCCUCCACACCAGACCGGAAGGUGAAAGGUCGCGAGCUGGAGGAACAGAAACUCCGACAGGAGUACCUGGAGUUUGAGAAAACCCGCUACGGUACGUACGCCAUGCUGCUUCGGGCCAAACUGUCAAGUGGAGACGAGGACCUGACGGCCUUUGAGGCGCGGCUGUUUGAUGACGGCGGCCUGCAGAGGGCACACUCCAGCCCCACGCUGCCUCAGGAGACAGCCAACAAGGAGAAGACCCGCGGAGGCAAGACGUCCAAAAGCUUAAAGGUCACGUCCUCCUCGUCCUCGACCUCCAAGACCAGCAGCAGUGCCAAAGAGGCAAGCAAGAAGAAGAAUGGCGGCGGUGGUGGAGGCGGUAGCGGUGGGAACAACCAGCAGCCGGAGCUACAGAAACAGAGCAGCAAACAGGAAGAGGCGCCGUAAGGCGGCGAGAAGCAGGUUUGAUACAGAGUGUGUAGCUGGAGACGGACAUGAAGCAUCAUGGGUAGCAGGCUGACAUCCUCCUUUAAACCUUUUCUGUUAAACCUCAGUCAGAUUCUGAUUGGCUGAGGGGAUUUUCCUCCAGAGCCCGGCUGAAACGUUUGAGGGCGGCGGGAAAGGAGACGCUCGUCACAAAGGAGGACGACCGUACGGACGAGUGGAGCGCCUUUCUUUUUCUUUUUUUUUCUUCCACGAGUCGAAACAUUCAGGAAACACGAACAAGGUGUGAAAUCUGAAGAGCGUCACUCUGAGUUUAUUUCUCGUCCAAACAUCCACCUCAGCAGGUCAGAGUUUCACAAUAAAAGCUUUACUUCCUGUCAGACCUUUUAUUUUCAGGGACUCUCUGAGCAAGUUUGAACCUCCUGCAGCAGCCGGCUGCUCACAAACACUUUGUAGGUACUGACCUCCUGCACGGCCGCCGCUCUGCUGCUUCUCCUAGCAACAGACGGGGGAGCAGGUUGCCAUGCCAACCAGAUAUGACAGACAGAGCGCGUGGGACUGUUGCCGUGGCGACCGAGCAGAAGGGGGAGCAGAGAGGGAGGGGAGAGAGACUCUGGAGUCAGGACUCCCCCGGCCAAACAAACAAACAAACAAACAGACCGAGGCUGUGAUGAUGUGUCACAGAACACAAUACCUCGUCCUCCUCCGCACUUCACAGACUGUGUGUGUGUGUGUGUGUGUGUGUGUGUGUGUGCGUGCGUGCGUGCGUGUGCGUGUGUGUGUGUCGUACUUCCAGGAGUGUAAAUACUAACUGAUGGAGGCUGAUCAGAGUCACUGCACUUCAUUUAUUUAUGUUGUUGUUGUUUUUUUCCUGGCUGAGUUCUGCUGGAACAAACAGGCUGUACGGAAGCUCAUUAGUGACCAGAAACUACUGACUGAGCAGAAACAAUAAUAAUUCAGACUUUAGUCAGCGACAUCCUCCCAUAGUUAUUGAGUAAUACUUUUUUAUUCUGCCUUAUGGAGAGCCGACGUGACAAAGGCGUCAAAUUUCUGUAAAUUUAUAUUCUGCGUGUUUGAUAAAUUGCUCACUGCUGGGUUCUUUGCAUUUAUUUAAAACCAUAAUGGUACCGAAUAUCAAUACGUAUCCCCCGGUUGAGCGGAGCUUUUUGUAAACAUGUUUAAUGAUUUAAGACCCCGCCCCCAGUUGGAACAUAUGGCCUUAUAUUGAUUAAAUAUAAUAAUAACUAUAAUACAUUUUAAAAGAAAAACAUACAUACGGGGCCAAAGGUGGAGCUUCACAGUCAACAUUUAUAUAUAUAUAUAUAUUUUAUUAAAUUAAAAAAAUACAACCACACAUUUAGGACUGAGUAGGACAAACUUUUCUCAAAACAAAAUCAGUUUACAUCCUUUAUCUUAACCUGUCGCACUUUUUGCAAAUUCCAAAAAACAUCUCCCAAAUAUAAAAAAAUUCAGAAAAUUUUAAAAUUUAAUAAAAAACAUAAGAAUUUAAUAAGUUGACACUACGCAACACCAGAUUACUUGAGCAAAUAAUAUUUAAAAGGCACAAUAAGUAAAAUGUACAUAUUAAACAUCAGUAUAAAUAGGAUAAUAAGGAAUUUCUGUGUUUCUUUGUUUGACAUUAAAUCUGAAAAUAAAAGGCAGCAGACUUUCUUAAUUCAUGUUUGUGAUUAUAAAUUUAAUACAUUAAAAUAUAAAAAUGAUUGUGUCCUGAAAUUAAAAUUCUUGUGUUGUAAAAGUUUAACAAAGUGUUGUGAAGCGUCUCUCAGACUGGUUUCAGUUUGAUUCUGUUUUGUGCUCACUCAGUAGUUUUGUCGUUAAUGAACGUCCAUAGAUUUUUUAUGCUGAAAACGAUGCUGGAAACUGAAUAACGUUUGAAUCCGUCCACUUUCUCCUCACACUCCUGUUUUCUUACUUAAAGUUUCUGUAUUGUGCUGAAAAUGAUCUUUGUUGGUUUGUUGGAGACGAAAAUUCAGAAGUUUAAAUCGUGUGUUUGUUAACGGGAUGAAACAAACAUCAGAAACCUCAGAGCUUAAAUUAAGAACAUCCUGAUCACUUUGACCACCAGACACCAGAGGGGAUUUCUGGGUAAUGAGGUUUUCAACAACAUGCAGUUUCCUCCUGCUGCCACUUGGUGUCACCAGAGUGUCACACUGUAGACUGAACAUGUUUACUUUCAUUGAGUAGUUUUCAGACCUGCAUUCAAAACUUAAGUAAAAGAAAAGUAACAGCAAAAGUACAAGUAUUGUAAUAUAAUUAUCGAUGCAUUCAUGUGUUUAUCUGAAUAAUCUGAGUUUAGUAAAGUAUCUAAAGCUGUCAGAUAAAUGGAGUGCAGUUAAAAGUAUAAAGUAGUAUAAAGUGACAGUACUUAAGUACUUACGUAGAGUACUCAGGGUUCCCACGGUCAUGGAAAAUCUGGAAAAAUCAAGGAAUUAUGUCGUGUAUAAUGAAAUAAAUUGUCCACAGUAAUCUGCGGUUGAUAACCUUCCACAUAGGCUAGUAUAAAACCAACAUAACCAACCGACUCUGGAAAAGGUUUCUUUCUACAUUUGGAGUCAAGUAUAAUAAACAGGUCUGUUAGUGAUGUACGGUGUGCACGGUCAUCGAAUUUUGUUAGUCAUGUAAAAAUCAGGAAAAAUGUGGAGGAACCCUGAGCACCUUAGUGAAUGUUCUUGAUUACUUUCCUCCAGGUUUGGGAGUCACAAACGACAGAGUCACAGUGGUUCAGGUAGGGCUGAGGUACAGUUCAUGAUUUAACAAAAAAAUUGCAAAUGAGGAAAGACUAAAACGUGAUGAAGAUAUUAUAAGACAGCUGUGAAGCCAAGAUCCAAAGUAGAUUUAUCACCCUCCUUCCAGGUCUUGAGAUUCUUAUUAAUUUUGGCAGUGCCAGGCUUCCAUAUUCAGCCCCCUCAGUGUCAGGAAAACAUAAAAACAUGCCGUCAUGUUUGGUUUCCUUCCUGUGAUGUAACGCUGCAGCUGGUCGUUGAUUAUGAAGAAUCAAAGUGAACAGAAGGAGCUUCAUGUUUCAGCAGAGAGCAGAUGUACUGACAGCAGACGAACACCAGGUGGCAGCAGACUGCAGGUUUAACAGGUGACGAGUAAAAGAAGCCAAACACUCAAAUUGUUGUUUAUUUUUGCUCUUAUCUUCACUUCCAGAGAUCAGAUCCUCUAAAGAGUCAAACUCUGGAGGUUUCUGUAGUUUGUCAGGUUUGUGAUCAGGAACACAAACAGCUGGAACCUUUUUCAUCCCAGAUAUUAAUGUGUGUCUCCUGAAAACACUGAAGGAGAGCUGGAAGCUUUGUUCUCUGAAGGGAAUUCUUCCUUUGUUUUUUUUUGGUCGUUUCCAGUCGGGAACAAUUCUUCAGUGAGCGCUGGAGCUUCAGUGAGAAACUUUCGAUGGAUUACAAACACUGAUGCUUCUGUUUGUGCUGUUGGACAGAUUACCCUCCAGGAAUUAGUCUUACACCGCUGGAAGCUCUCAGAGACAUAAAGAGAGAAAGUCUGACCUUUUGAAUGAAGCUGUUUUUGUUUUUUCUCUGCGGUCCGUACGUGGAUCAUCACGUCUGUUCUUCAGUGGCUGAACAGACUGUAAGGACUCAUUAAAACACCACAGAGGACUUUAAAAACACAAAUUUCAAAGGUACUGACAGAAUCAAAACUACGGAGCCUCUACGGAGACUUACAGCCAUGUUCUUUUGGUUUUUUUUGUUUUUUACAUCAUGCUCCGAAAGGUAUUACGUAACCUCACUCGUUUUCUUGAGAUCAAAAUGACAGAUUCUCAGUUUACCGUGUGAUAACCACAAUCGUCCACGCUCCUCGCUGGUUGCAUCAGUCAGUCCGGAUCUUGGUCCUCAUCACAGGUCACAAGCUCUGGAUUCAACUGAAACGUAAAGUUCACAGAUAUGAGAAAUCCGUCUUAGUCCACAGCAGCUGCAUUUCUGGAGCAUCUUUGAUGUCGGACACGGUAGACUCCGGCACACUGAGGGCAGUGACACUGUUCUCCAGGUUGGAGUCAUUAGCACUUCAUUAGCACUUACACGUCACUGACGUCUUGUUUGUGGUGGUGGUUCCCAGUUAGAGAAGGGAGUCAGUUCAGGUGGUUCGGACCCACAACACACCGGAUCUUAUAAGCAGCAUUUCCAACUCUUUCGGUACAGUACCCUCAGAACCGGUCCGUAACCCAGAUGGACUUGUACUCAGACCUGAGAUCUGUUUAGCGUUUCCUCCUCAGACAGUACUCUUAAAUGUAGUUGGGGUUGUUUCCUCUCUCGCUGUAUAAACUCUUCACUGACGAUGCAGAGGAAUGUCUGCACCUCAUUGAUCGUCCACGUGAUGACGUUACACUCCAGCAUUUUCAGAACAAAAAAGAACAAGCUGGUGUGUUUUUAGAGUCGGUUGGAUGUUUGAAAAUAGAACGUUUUUCAAGUAAGAGUGAUGAUUCUCUCCUGACCAAUCAAUGGACUGCAGGGUUCCUAGCCCCGCCUUUCAGUGUGCACAUUACCUCAACAGAGAGUAACCGAUGGGACAGAAUGGAGCAGUUCUGUUGGUUCAUCCACGUUUUUCACCAAAGGAAACACAAAUAUAAUCGUUCUAAUGUGUAACGAGCUACACUGAACAGAACCGACUGCUUGGUGGAAACGAGGCUCAAGAUCCGCCGCAGUGAGCUCAAAGGAUGUGGCUGCCUUUUUUACUUCCUGUUCUCGUACAGACUCAACAAGUCUUCAUCUCUGAAGCUCAUAGGUCAUUUAUAUACUCAGUUCUGAGUGGGAAAAGAGGGUCCGUUAAUCAGCUUUUCCUCCAUUUAGUUUGACGUUCUGUUUCAUCAGAGAUUGAGAACCAGAUGAUUGGUUGUGUCAGAGGACGUUUGCAUGACUUUGAACCUUCCUCAGGUUCCUCACGUUCUGCAGCUGGUCGACUUUUGAGACUUUAAUUUUCAGAGAGACACCAGGGUCAAUUCAAAUUAAUGGCAUCUUGUAAAAACAAUAGAUGGAUGGAUGACGCUAAUAAAAUCCUGGACUCAGCCUGUGUCAGAUUGUACGACAUCAGUUUUGAGGCUGUCAGAUGUGUGCGAUGAAGGUGUUGUGAAUCAUCGCACUACGUUGGAAACAUCAGCUCACAUCAUCCUUCUGCAUCACCGUCAUGUUUUUAAUCGUCCUGACUGGGACCAGGACCUGUCGUCUGUCUGUGACUUGCUGCAAGCCUUUAGUUUCAUCGAUCGAUGACGAUCACUUUCAAAAUGUCAACAUUUCACUGAGAGUUCUCGAUUCCACGAGUACCUUUGAAAUUAUUAGCGGACCUUCACACAUAAAGACCUCUGUGGUUCGUUUGACCGUGAAGAUCGGAGAGGACGUCUGACUCAGUCCGUCCUUCUCUUCUUCGUCCUCCAUCAGACGGACAUCGACACGCCGGUUGAUGCAGGAGGAAUCUAUCGAGUCACUAGCAGACAGCAGGGUUCAGAUUCAUCGUCCCCGCUGAGCUGUUUGACCCCCGCCGGGUCGUAUUUACUCCCUCAAAUAUCCAGUAACACUUGUGUACAUCGGGUGUAUUUGUCGCACUGUGCAAUGUAAAGCAGCAUAGGAUGAAUUUGUCUAAAAGUCAUGGCCGCUUUCAGCUCUUUGUCUGUGUCCAAACCUGUAAAUAAAUGUACAAGUUCACAUUGAGAAGCCAUAUUGUAGUUGGGCUGAACGCCCGGCUAGCGCUUGCUGCGUUUUAGGGCACUUUGGUUUAGAUAUUUUAGAGUGAGAGCAGAUUAAACCUCGUCAGAGAGGUUCAUUCCACCACUUUAUUUAUUCUGUUGGUUGUUGUCUCCGAUCGACAACGAAGACCGAGUUUAGUUUCUGUGAAAGUUUUUUGUUUUUCCGGCUUUGCUGCGGUCUGAAUGUUCGCCGCCGGCUCGCCGAUCGAUAGCUGUACAUACUGUCCACAUCCUGUGAGGUUUUGGUCGUAGUGAAACACAAACAACAUGUUUGUAUCAUUUUGAAGGCUUAGAGGCAAAAAUAAAAAAAACAACAUUUUGAAAACAAAGUCUGAAAGUCUUUUAUUCAAAGUUUCAGAAACAGUGCGCCAUUUAUUUCUCACAUUUAACUUCCAGGCUGCUUGGUUAUUAAAGAGAAACUACAUGAAUACACAGUAUUAGUAAAAACACACAGCCUCAUCUGGAAACACUGCUCCUGCAGAGCAACAAGGUUUAUGUGUAAACAUCAGAGAAAUAAAAGAUGUUCAUGUUGCACAGCUAAGAGUUCAGAAUAUAGUUCACAACUUCACUUUUUCAGGACAGACGCCAUUUAAGAAAUGGAGAAGGUGUAUAUUCAAAAUGUUCCUAAGUUAAAAAUAAAAACACUCGAGGUAAGUUUAAUAUUAUUAAACUGUAAAUCAUAAAUAUGACAUUUAAUUCUUAUAUGUCGAAUGUGACUUUUUGCUCUUACAACUUGAAGUCAUAUUUAGACUAUGAAAACAUUUUUAACUAAUAGCAAAAUAUUUUUAUUUAUCUGGUUUGUUAUGUCAAAGUUUUAACAGAAGAAUAAAAAUUGUCAGAUGUAUCUCACAGUUUGGAAUUUAAAAAUUUAAAAUUAAUUUUUAUUUAACUGACUUUAACUUUCUUAGAACCUUUUUUUUUUUUAAACAUUUUUAACCAAUAAUAAAGUAUUUUUAUUUAACAGGCUUUUUAUUGCACAAUUUUAAAAUAGUCAAAAUUUUGACCUAUUUUAUUAUUUUUUACAGAAAAAUGAACAGUUGUCAGUUUUAUGUCAUGAAUUUGAAACUUUUAAAUUUAUUUUGACUGUUUUACAAUUUUCAUUUCACUGAAUUAACUCUCUUCUGUUUUAACCAGUUUAUGGUCACAUAAUUUUAAAACCGCAUAUUUCAUAAUUUAAAUAAAACCAAGUUAAAUUGUCAUGAUGGUGACCUUAGUGUGACCUUAGUGUCUUAUAAUACUGCUGAAAUGUUUUUGUAUGUUUUUAUUUACGUCACCAUUUUAUCAUUCCAAUUUUAAUCAUAUUAAAUGACUUACUAUCGAAUAAUUUUGACACGAAAAGCCCAAAAUUUAGACGUUUUUAAGGCGAGACAAGGCAGACAAAAACAUCGAGUGGUCAGUUUUGAGAUUUUGGGCAAGUUUACUUCUUGAAUAUGUGUUCUUUCAAACUGCUGUAAAGAAAAGAUUCAAAUUAUACAUUUAGACGUUUAUUUGAUCACACUGUGUCCACUUGCAUAAUGUUAUGUUAUUAUGUAAAUCUUUGAAUGCCGUUUUCUCAAAAUGAGUUUUUUGUCAUACUUGUAGUCGAACGUCUCGGCCUCUGUAGCACCUAUGUACACCAAACUUUCCAGUUAUACAAAUAGCUAUAUACUGAAGAUAUCUACAGAGGGGUUUGUUAAUAAAUCAUUCCUAGCCUGAUUUAUGUUACAUUUUAGUCCCAAAAAUAUGGCGAAAAUCUAUUUUUUUAAGGCUAUGGACAGUGUAUUUAGAUCUUCGAGGUAAUAAAGCAGAAAUCCUUAAAUCCCUCUGUAAUUUCUUUUUUCAUCAUAUAUGUAAACAAAAUGAAAAAAGAAUUUUGCACCUGGCUUCAGAUUUAUCUUCCUAAAACAUAUGCAAAUUAGCGCAUAUUUAAUGUGAUAGUGCUAAUUUGCAUACUUAAACAUUAAUAUUUUAAAAACUUGAAAUACAUUUUUUUCAUACUAUUGUAAGUAAUCAGCUGAUGAUAUCUAU